AUGCUCCACCACAACAUCAACACCGGUCCUGGUGUUCUUCUGUCGUCAAGCAAAAUAAUAAGAUCCCGCCAAUUCCUGGAAAAGAAGAAGCCGACCUCCGGUUCUAUAGGUGGCCGAAGGAAGAAGUCUGUCGCAAAGAAACUGGUUCCGGUAAAGGGCAGAUCCGGGAGCAAAAAGGACAAACAACCAAUAGAAUUCGCGGAUCCUCCCUCUAAAACGCAAAAUGAAGACGAUUCGGCCUCCAGCUCCGAACGAACGACUUCACAUAAUACCGAAGAAAAUCUGUCCGGUAAAGAAAAAGGACCGAUAGAAGAGGAACAAUCGGCCAGUCUUGAACAUGAAAAUACCGGUGCAGACGGCCUUGGGGAGGAAGACGUUCACAAUAACAACGACCAGGAGAUGGCCGAGAAUAUAGUGCACAGAAUCAUGGAGGAAAUCGAUCUGCAGGCUCACGAGGCAUCCGAAGUAUACUGUGAGUGGUUCCGGUACCGGUGUGACAAAUUCUACAAACAAAUGCUACCGGGACUAACCGCUGGACAAAGAUUCGAAAGGUUUAUGGAGAUAGAGGAGAACGUCAUUAACCUAACAGAAGCCAAGGAUCCCAGCGUAGCCUUGGACCGACACGCAAUAGUGGAACCGUGUGCUCGGCUACAAAAGCUAGCCGAACAUAUUAGAAAACUUACAAAAAGGUAUAUUCCAGGAACACCGAAGUCUCAACUACAACUCUUGGUGUUGGAUAUACUUGCAGUAAAAAAAGGAGAGUUCAUCGACGAAGUGGUGCGGCUUGAAGCGGUGCGCGAACAACAAAAUACAACGCACUCUCCGCGUCAUGAGAAUGCUGACGGUCAAAAUCAAGGCGAUAAUGAGACAAACUCCCCUUUAGCGGAUCAGGAUAUCAACGUAACCGACGAUAGGACAGAGCCUCCUCUCACCGACAAUCUUGAAUUUGAUCAAGUCCGGGAUUCAGAACCGACCAUUACGGAAGAGAAGGUCAUCACUAUCAUGAACGAAUUUGCCAACACCGUGGUUCGACCGUGGAAGAAUAAAAUUAAGAAAGCCAAGGUUCAAGUAAUCAAGUUAGCCGAGACAACAAGGGAUGAUCUUAGCAAGGCAAACGAGCUGAUCACGUCGGUCGAAACCAACCACCAUGACGCCGAUAUUCGGUACGAAGCUCAUCUUAAGCGAACCAUAGCCUUGGAGGAAACGACUUCGAAGUUGGUGGAUGACUUCGAGUCGGUUAACCGAAGGAUAAUAGAGAUGGAACGAGUCAUAAGCCUCGAAGAAAAGAAUGCAAGCCUUGAGGAACGAAACACCAAACUUGAAGCCGAUUUCAAGGCGGUCACCGAACAGGUGGCUGAACUGAUAAAAGCCAAAAUUGCUGCUAAUAAAGCGAUUGAGGAGGCAAACGUUGAGGCGGCUAAGAAACUUCAGGAUGCGCUGGAUGAGGAGAACCGGAAAAAGAAGGAGGCACCACGGUCUGAUGCGAACUUCAACGAACGCUUACGGAUAUUAACGGCCAAAAAUCCGGAACUCGCAAAAUCCAUAGCAGCUCAAGAAGCCAAGGAUGCAGAGCGGUUCAACACUGAGAAACAAAGGUACGACGAAUAUGCAAAGGCUCACAAGAAGACCAAGGUAGCUCCCUCCUCUUCGGCUCCGGCAACACGAAAAAGAAAAGUUCCCUCACGGAAGGCUCAAGUCAUCGAAAUGUUGGGCAGAAUCACCGAGACAGUUGUUGACCCUCCACCGAACCCGGCUUUGCAAACCAAGGAUGACUUCGAAGAGGAUCUCGAGUCGCGAUCUACAAGACAGCGAGUUUUCGAAGCAGUUCCAGUCAGAACGUCUCCUCAAUUCAUCAAACCGGAGGACAGGAAAUGCAAAAGGAAGGCCUCCGGUUCUACAAGUGGCCGAAAGAAGAAGACAGCCAGUAAGAAAGCGAUUUCGGUCAAAGAAAAAUCUGGUACUAAGGGGGAUGGGCAAUCAACCGGAUCGGCUAAUCCGCGGCCAGACACCCCCAACAAUGAGAACUCAGCUUCCAGCUCUGGCCAAACCAUUUCACAACAUAUCGGAGGAGAUCAGUCCGGUAAGGGGAAAGAACCGAUAGUUGAAGAACAAUCGGUCAGUCAUGAUAAUGCUGAUGCCGGUUCGGACAGACUGCGGAAGGAAGAUGAAUCCGCGGAUGAACACACCCGAAAAACGGCCGAGGAUCUCGUCAGCAGAAUCAUGGACGAGAUACAUCAGCAGGCUCACGCGGCAUCCGACGUCUACUAUCAAUGGGUCCUGCACCGGCAUCGAAUACUCUACAAAAACAUGCUACCGGAUCUCACCGUUAGCCAAAAAUUCGAGAGAUUGGUUGAGAUAGAGGAGGAGGUCAUCAGCCUCACAAAGGCUCAAGACGUCACGACCGCCCUAGGACGAAGCAAGAUGGUCGAACCGCAUGCUCGGUUACAAGGACUCACCGAACACAUUCAACACCUCCAAGAAAAGCAUAUUCCAGGGACACCAGAUUCCUCUCUUGAGCUCCUGGUGUUAAAUUUGCUAGUGGUCAAAGAAAAGGACCUAAUCGAGGAGAUGGCACGGCUUGAAGCGGAGCCCGAGCACCAGGAAAAUUCAAACUUAUCCAGAUCCCCUCCCGAGGAUGUUGGCAGUCAGAAUCCGACCGAUAAUGAGCAAUCCUCUCCUUCACCGGAAUAA